AUGGGCUACGAUCGCUAUAACCACCAGCCCACACUCAAACCAAUCGACCUGAUCUAUGAGAACAGGUUGAGGCAGUUCAUUGACCAGGGCGGCCAGUAUCCGCAGCUCAAUCUCCCAAAAUUCUAUGACCACGAAAGAGUCGACUCCAACUCGGAUGCUAUCUCGUUGAAGGUGUGGAGGACUCCUGGCGACAGCGGUCCGGGAAACACCGAAAGACCGCUUUUCCGUGACAUUGACUGGAAGAAGGUCGAGUGGGAGGACGCCAAGAAGGGCGACUCCUUUGGACCCUCGUGGAGAACCUUCUGGUUCAAGAUCGAGUGGGAGAUUCCCGACCACUGGCUCAAGAACAAGGACGUCGAGGAAAUUGACUUCCACUGGGAUUGUGGCAACGAGGGCCUCAUCUACGACAGUCACGGCACGCCUUUGCAGGCGUUCACCGGCGGCGACAGAACCCUCUACAAGCUUCCCAAGACAUACAAGAAGUCUGGCAAGCAAUUGUUCUACUUGGAGAUUGCCUGUAACGGUAUGUUUGGUACGGGCGAUCAGGGCCACCCAGACCCCAACAAGUACUACACCUUGUCCCACUGUGACUUGGUCUGGCCCGACUUGAACGCACGCAAGUUGUACUGGGACUUUUGGAUCUUGAGCGACGCCGCCAGGGAAUUGCCAGGCGGCAGAGACAAGUACCAGGCUGCCCAGAUUGCCAACAACAUCAUGGACGCGUUUGACCCGGAGGACAGGUCCUCUGUGUUGAAGUGUAGAGAGCUCGCCGAGGAGUUCUUGGGCUCUGACGUUGACUCGCAUGCCGUGUUUAAGAAGAACCCAUUGAAGAAGACCGAUGUAUUUGGCGUGGGCAAUUGUCACAUCGACACUGCCUGGUUGUGGCCUUUUGCUGAAACAAGAAGAAAAAUCGUGCGUUCUUGGACCACUCAAUUGAAGAUUGCUGACGACUACCCUGAGUACGUCUUUGUGGCCUCCCAGAUGCAGCAGUUCAAGUGGUUGAAGCAGGACCAUCCUGAGAUUUUGGAUAAGAUCAAGAAGAAGUUCGCCAAGAAGCAGUUCUUGCCAAUUGGCGGCUCCUGGGUCGAAAACGAUACCAACUUGCCAAGUGGUGAAUCCUUGAUCAGACAGUUCUUGCUUGGCCAGAGAGCUAUGUUGGAGGAGUUCGGCCACAAGUCAGAGGUCUUCUGGUUGCCUGACACCUUUGGCUACUCUUCGCAGAUUCCUCAGAUUUGUCAGGUUGUCGGCAUUGAGAAGUUCUUGACCCAGAAGCUUUCUUGGAACAACAUCAACCAGUUCCCAUUAAGUACUUUCAAUUGGAAAGCCAUUGAUGGUUCGCAGGUUCUCGUCCACAUGCCUCCAGCCAACACUUACACUGCUGCUGCUCACUUUGGUGAUGUCGUUAGGUCUCAGACCCAACACCACAACUUGAGAGAUGUUCCAACCGGUCUCUUGCUUUACGGCUACGGUGACGGUGGAGGAGGUCCAACUGAGGAGAUGUUGGAGAAGUUGAGAAGAUGCAGAGGUAUCUCCAACACAACCGCCGCAAUUCCAUCAGUGCAGCUCGGCAACACGGUUGAAGACUUCUAUGCUGACGUCUUGGAGAAGUCUGACGAGGGAAGAAACCUCCCAACUUGGUCCGGUGAGCUCUACUUGGAGUUCCAUAGAGGCACCUACACAACCCAGGCUGACAUCAAGAAAUGGAUUAGACAAUCCGAGAUCAAGCUCCAUGACUUGGAGUAUCUUGCUUCCUACUUGUCGGUCACCACCAAAGACUACAAGUACCCUCAAAAAGAGAUUCAAGAAAUCUGGGAGGACGUUGCUUUAUGUCAGUUCCACGAUGUGAUCCCAGGUUCAUGUAUCGGAAUGGUGUACUACGAGGAGGUCAAGCCUAUGCUCAAGAAGCGUUUGAAGCAAUUGGACAAAUUGAUCAAGGACGCUUUGAAGCAUGCUGGACACGAGGACUCUGAGAAGGUUGUGGCAAUCAACACUUUACCAUGGCACAGAAUCGAGUUGGUGGAGGUUUCCAAUGAGGAUAUUUCCAGUCUUGCGGUUGAUGUUGUGAGCUGUAAGUCUGGUAGCUCCACUAUUCUCGGUCUUAAUACUGUGGACAACUCCUUCAUUCGUGAGUCUGACCUUAAGUACCCUGCGUCGAUCAACAAAGUUAAGGACCAUUUCGUGUUGAGUAAUGGUUUGCUUGAGGCCAAGAUCACUCCUAAUGGUACAAUCUUCUCGUUGAAGGAUUUGAUCACUGGACGCCAGUCUAUUGACACUGCAAAGACUAAGGCAUCUUCCGGUUUUGGUAACCAGUUGGUUCUCUUUGAUGAUGAGCCAUUGAGUUUCCCUGCUUGGGACACUGAAGUCUACUCGCUUAACAAGUUCAAGUUCCUUGAGAAUGGUGAGGUGGUUUCUUCGUCUAGUCACCCAUUGGAGUCUAAGUUGGUCAUCAAGCACAAGAUUUCUUCGAAGUCUUACAUCGAGACCACCAUCUCGCUCGUCGGAAUCACCAACAACGAGAAGAUCUCCCAGAACAACUACCUCAGGUUCAACUCUCACGUCGAGUGGCAUGAGACUUACAAGUUCUUGAAGGUGCAAUUCCCAACCACUUUGCAGACUGCUCAGUAUGCGCUGUACGAGACUCAAUUUGGUGUUACCCAAAGAGCCACCCACUACAACACAUCUUGGGACACUGCCAAGUUUGAGGUUUGCCACCAUAAGUUCAUGGACUUGUCUGAGCACAACUACGGUGUCUCGAUCUUCAAUGACUCCAAGUAUGGUGCUGCCAUUCAUGGUAACUUGAUGAGAUUGUCGCUCCUUCGUUCUGCCAAGGCUCCUGAUGACAAGGCUGACAUGGGCUCUCAUGACUUUUCCUAUGCUGUGUACCCUCACAAAGGUGGUUUGGGUCCUGAGAUCGUGAGAUUGGCCCAGAACUUCAACUACAAGCUCUUGUACACUCAUGGUGACCCAGAAGAGGUGGAGUUGAUUACCAAGGCCAUCAGCUUGUCUGGAGACUCAUCUUUGGUCUUGUCGAAUGUGAAGAGAAGUGAGGAUGAUGAAGAUAUCAGCACUGCUGAGAACAUCGAAAAACAAAACAAGGGCCAGCAGUCAAUCGUGGUUCGUGUUUACGAGUCGUUGGGUGGAUCCUCUAGCGGUAAGCUUGAAUUCGGCUUAUCUGUGGAUAAGGUUUACAAGGCUAAUGCUUUGGAGGAGAUUGAACACGAGCUUGAGUUGCAGGACAACUCGGUGGAAAUUUCCUUGAGAGGUUUCGAGAUCGCCACCUACAAGGUUGUGCUCAAGUGA